AUGUCGUUCGCGGAGGAAUUGAGAAAAAGAGGCAUCAAAGAAGCUUCGGACAUAAAAAGCGACGACGAGAACGGAGAAGGAACGAGCAGCAGCAGCAGUAGCAAUCCGUUUGCAAACGUAGCGAAAGCGGUGAAAUCUCCGUUUGGAUCGUCGGACUCGGCGGCGGCGCCAAAACCUCCACCGAGGUUCGCGCAGCCGCGCGGGGACGGCGACGGCGGGGCGAACAAAGAAGAAGACGACCAGUUGAAAAAAUCGAGACUACUAAACAGCGAAGGUUUAGAGGGAUUUCCGACGCGCGCGGGCGAACUUUUGAAACUCGCCGUGACGUCCACGGCUUCGUUUGCGCCUUUAAUAGCGGUUAUUUCGGUCAUAACCAUCGGCACGUGGUCCAUCUUCGGCGCGGACUUUAUUCACGGCGGCGUGAGCAGAGAUUUUGGAGGCGGAGUCCCCAAGUACGUAGCGCCAGAAACUCUCUUAGCUGAACCUACGGUCGAUGUAAUGGUGCCGUUGAGAGCACCAAACGUGGUCGCCGCUGAGUAUUAG